CCCAAACGAGUCUAGUAAGCGAGGAAUCACCUGAGCUCAUUACACCAGCAGCGCACAGGUGUAAAAAUGGGCAAAGCAGUUGGACGCUGGGACUUUGAAUGGGUCUAUAAUGAGCAACCGCACACAUGGAGAAGAAAGGAAAUAUUAGCAAAGUAUCCUGAAAUCAAGUCUUUGAUGGGUCAUGACCCCCAGCUGAAGUGGGUCGUGUCAGGGAUGGUACUCACCCAGCUCCUGGCGUGUUACAUGGUCCACGAGCUCUCCUGGAAGUGGGUGUUGUUUUGGGCGUAUGCCUUCGGUGGCUGCAUCAAUCACUCUUUGACCCUAGCCAUCCAUGACAUUUCACACAAUGUGGCCUUUGGCACCAAAAGGGCACGCUGGAAUCGCUGGUUCGCCAUGUUCGCCAAUCUCCCGAUUGGCUUGCCUUAUUCAGCAUCCUUCAAGAAGUACCACAUCGACCACCAUCGUUAUCUCGGAGGAGAUGGAUUGGACGUGGAUAUUCCUACCGACCUUGAGGGCUGGUUCUUCUGCACCCCAGCCAGAAAGGUGCUCUGGCUCUUUCUCCAGCCUUUGUUCUAUGCGCUCCGUCCGUUGGUGGUGAACCCCAAGCCCGUGACCAGGUUGGAAAUGCUCAAUGCAGUCGUACAGUUUGUGGUAGACAUUAUCAUCUACUAUUUUUGGGGUCUCAAGCCCAUAGUCUACCUCAUCGCUGGCUCUAUACUGUGUAUGGGCCUGCAUCCCAUCUCUGGACACUUCAUCGCUGAGCACUACAUGUUUAUGAAAGGUCAUGAAACCUACUCUUAUUACGGCCCUCUCAACUUAAUAACCUUCAAUGUGGGAUACCAUAUGGAGCACCAUGACUUCCCCAGCAUUCCAGGCAGCAAAUUACCUGAGGUCAAGAGGAUUGCAGCAGAGUACUAUGACUCACUCCCUCAACACACUUCCUGGAUGCGAGUGCUCUGGGACUUCGUAUUUGAUGACACCAUCGGCCCCUACGCCAGAAUCAAGAGACAAUACAAACUUGGCAAAAAGGAAUGAAUUGGGUGUUAGACUACUGAUCUAAUCAAACGUACUACAAGGUAUUUACACAAAUCUGUGAGGCACUUGAAGGCUGUUAGUUAAAAGGGAGCAAACCCUUUCACACGUGAACCUGCAUACCCUUUUCAUUCCGUCACAGCAUUUCAUCAUAUAGAUCCAUCUGUACAAUGUAUGAACAAUAACUGUACAUUCCCUGCGCCUGGGACCGUGUUACAGGAUUUGUGAUUUAUUGUUUGGGUGUAUCAAAGCCCAGCGAAUUGUCUCAAAAUCGUUCCAUACACUCAUUCCAAACUAAAACAUCUGAUGUUGUUUUUAUGGUAUCCAUGUUCAUUAUCAAUGCAGUUAUUUGUGAUUAUUAUUGCAAUCGCCACUUUCUCAACUAAAUCCAACUACUGAGAUGCCAGUUAAGAUGUACCUGAGGAAAGAAGUGCUGAGAUGGAACGUUUAAGUGGACUUAAUGCCUUUUCAUCAGUGAGGCCUUUUAGAAAACUGAAUAUUUAAUUGUUUCGUGCGCUAUUGUGUAACUUGAAGUCUUUCGAUAUUUUGACAUGUUCUGUCGUUUGCACUGUGAUAGUUUAACUCAGAACUCCAUUGUGAUAAAGCUGUUGUGGAAUAUAUUUGUUCAGCACAAUGUAUUUCAAUAAACUUCCUAAUCUUACACGAUGAACCUGAAUAAUGGCAGAGAGGUUUUGUAAGGGGUCGUUUGUAAUGUUCAAUGAAAAUGAGUCAUUUUUUUUUUUAAGGAAGCAUGAGACAAGCUUUUCCCCCUUUUAAACAGUCUUUUAAAGUUCUUUUAAUUCCAUCAAUCUCACACUCUCAACAGGUUUAAUUUAAUUGUAAUUUCUGUGAAAUAUCAACAUCAACUUUUAAAAUCAGGAUCAACCUAAUUAAACCAGAAUACAUUGUAUGUUCAAACAAUUCACCCAAUACUUUAAGCCACUUUCAAUAAUUCAUCUCACGUUGUGUGAGUGUGUAUAUAUACACGUAUAUAUUUCCAUGUCCAUCUCUUGAGCUCAUUAAAAGAGCGUCUAUAUUUAACCUCAUACCUCCAAAUCAAUUUAAAACAGUUCUACUGAACUUCUGCAGUGGCCAAAAAAAACAAAAGAAAA